AUGACAACCAACAUGUAUCGUGUCGGAGACUAUGUCUACGUGGAGACAUCGUCAACGACACCGUUCCAGAUUCGGCGCAUCGAUGAGUUGAACAAAACGCCGAACGGCAAUGUUGAAGCGAAAGUGAUGUGCUUCUACAGGCGAAGGGAUCUUCCGACACCGCUCGUGCAGUUAGCCGAUAAGCACCAGAUGGCCACAUCCGAGGACUCCCCGGCGGCAAUGAAGCUGAAGAAGAUGUGGCUCAAGACACCCGUCAGUGAAGAGCAGGCUGCCCAGGCAGUGCUAGAUCCUGCCCUAGUUGCUUUGGAGGAGGAGCGUAACAACAGUCCCAACAGUGGUGCCGGAGGUGGUGAACGUGGGGAGCAUCUGAACCCGAAGCAACGGCACCAGAUGAAGCAGCGGGAACUGUUCCUGUCGCGCCAAGUCGAAACACUCCCUGCCACUCAGAUACGGGGCAAAUGCUCCGUAACGCUACUAAACGAAGAGGAAUCAUUGCUCAGUUACUUGAACAAAGACGACACCUUUUUUUACUGUCUCGUGUUCGACCCAACGCAGAAAACAUUGCUCGCGGAUAAGGGCGAGAUUCGUGUCGGUGCUCGCUAUCAGACGGAUCUGCAGCAAAUGCUGAAACCGGGCGAAAAGGACGAUCGCAACAUAGAGGAGCUUGAGACACUUAUAUGGACGCCGCAACAUUCGCUUACCGACAAGAAGAUCGAUCAGUUUUUGGUAGUGUCCCGAUCGGUUGGCACCUUUGCGAGGGCACUAGACUGUACUAGCUCUGUCAAGCAACCGUCCCUACAUAUGUCUGCAGCAGCUGCAAGCCGUGAUAUUACCUUAUUUCAUGCUAUGGACACGCUCCAUAAACACAACUAUUCGAUAGAGACUGCUAUGUGUUCGCUGGUUCCUUCGAGCGGACCAGUUCUUUGCCGGGACGAGAUGGAGGAAUGGAGCGCCUCGGAAGCGAAUCUGUUUGAAGAUGCGCUCGAUAAGUACGGCAAGGACUUUAACGACAUUAGAAACGACUUUCUUCCGUGGAAAACUCUGAAAAGCAUAGUUGAAUACUACUAUAUGUGGAAAACGACCGAUCGCUAUGUGCAGCAGAAGCGUGUAAAAGCGGUCGAGGCGGAAUCCAAGUUGAAACAGGUCUACAUUCCGAACUACACCAAACCGAGCCCGGCAUUGAUAACAAACAACAACAAGGGUAUAUUGAAUGGAAAUUCAAACGGAGGUAGCGUGGACAUGCUGAUGUAUAACAGUACCAAGGCAUGUGAAUCUUGUGCUACUAUGGCUUCGCAGCAGUGGUACUCUUGGGGUCCUACGCACCUUAACAAUCGGCUGUGUCAGAACUGUUGGAACUAUUGGAAGCGUUACGGAGGCCUUAAAGUUGCAUCUAGGCUAGCGGACAACGGGGAGGUCGAUCCGGUGGCCACGAUCAACACCAGUAGCAGCAAUGCGUCACCGGUUUCGCUAAAGAAGCGAAACCCCGGCAGCGAUAUCGAUGAUGAUCUUACAAUUGUGGCUAGCACCGGGCCAAUCGGAGGUCUCAGUGGGGUACCUACUGCCACUGGGUCUCCUGGUGGCUUAAGCAAUCACCGACCUCACAGCCCUUCGUUUAAAUGUUCAAUUGUGAACUGUGGUAAGGAAUUUAAACUGAAGGCUCACCUGGCAAGGCACUACGCACAAGCUCACGGCAUACAGAUACGAUCCGGAUCGCCUCGACCCAUUAUGAAGACGCGAACAGCAUUCUAUCUACACACGACCCUUACGACCCGACUGUCCCGCCGGUUAUGUCGACACAUAAUACGAUCGAAAAAGGCCGCUCGUCAACCCUCUUACGCGAUUAACAUUGCCAGUGUUAAGCAAGAGUUUGCAAACGCGGAAGCUGGAAAAAGUAUAACAGAGAUCCGACGGUUGCUUACGUUCCGGAAGAAAGAUCGUGGCAGCGUUACGCAAAUCGCAAACCGGCUCGGCAAUCCGGGUGUCAGUGUUAACGAAUGGUUAGUACUAACGCCGAAGGAGAACAUGCCGAAACCGGACGUGGUAGCGUUUCCGAAACCGCCGAAAGCCCCCGACGGUACACUGUUAUACGAUCGGAUACCAAAUAAGGGUGAAGAGCCCGGUAAACCGCCAAUUGCGGUCACGUCGACGCCAGGGGUGCUCGGUGGGGCAGCGACGCUUCCGGGAACGGUCGGUAGUGCUCUCAGUGGUAAAUUAGCACCGUUGGUCGGUUCCGGCGGUUUGGCUGUAACACCGAUUGUCGUGGGAGGCAGUAAUAACACUUCUGCAUCAGCAUCAGCUUGUUCUGUAUCAGUGGGUGGAAGUACCGGCAGUUCUGGUUCUACUUCUGGUGGUAUAGUCGGUAGUGGUAUGCCAGCGAUCAAUCUACAUGCGAGUGCUUUGUCAUCUAAUAGUUCACCGACUGGCCCGGGUGCUACUACUGGUAGCAAUUUAGGAACUUCUGGCGCGACGUCAUUGAAGCGACGAACGUACGAAGAUGCAAAUGGAAUCGAUGCUACCAUAGCACCACCGGCAAAGCGACCGAAUAAGGAUCCAAGGCCAUCGCAUCGGCCUACUCCUGAGCAAUAUGCGGCAAUGAUUGCAGCCGCGCAAUCUGCUGGACAGCCGCUUCCCCGACACCAUAUGAAUGGAAAACCAAAAAUUGCCCAAAUGGCUCGAACUGGUUCCGGACGAAAACAGGUGAUUAGCUGGAACGAUGCGCCGGAUGAUGUCUUUUACCGUUCCACCAAAGCUGGCCGCAAACUGCGGCGGGAAAUUCCAAUAGUAGAGUUGCGUCGAGCUGCGCGGAAACCUUGGCGAAAUUUGCAUCCUAAGUACUCGGCGAUCGUGGCUGCCCUCUUGCCAGUGGCAUCUACGGCACCUAGUCUACCAGCACAGCUUACAGCCCAGUUGGGACAUGCAGCACAACUAGCAGCGGCCAAUGCGGGGCAACAUCCCAAUUCGGCUAACCUAAAUCUAAAUCUCAAUUCAGCGGCCGUGGCUGCUGCGGCGGCGGCCCUCGCUGGUGUUCAUCCACUAUCAGCGGCUUCCACACUUGCCCUGAGCGGAACGUUAGGAGGUGCAGGAAGUUCUGUUAUAUCGCCAGUCGGAGGGGUACCUUCGUUGUCUGGAGGAUCCACCGGAGCAUCGUUAAUGUCUUCCGGGGCAGCUGCUUUGACGAACAGCAGCAGUACUAACAACAGUGGUAGUAGCAGCAGCGUCGUCAGCAACAGUAGCAGUAGUGGAGGUGGUGGUGGAGUGGUCGCUACCGAUAGCAAUAAAAGUGAUCUACAGGUUGUAAUCCUAGACUGA